AUGGCAACAAAUCAAGAGGAUCAAACCAUGAAUCCCGAACAUUCGCAGGUUGAUGCACACCCCGAGGGAGGCAAUUCUCAAUCACGAUCAAUCACCAUAUCCCCAAGACCUGGCGACACGUCUGACCCGGUACUCAUGGCUCAAUUCAAGCAAAAGAUGACUAUGAGCUUCCAAAAUGAUCCGGCGGCAUGGGACCGCUUGGUACGAGUCUUUCUGCUUCAAUCUAUGAGCAAUGUAGUUGGUACUGACAUUAGACAGUAUAACGGCUCCGGAUGGGACACCAACCCCCGUCCGAAUAUGGGGAUGCUCACUGCCUUUGAUACUGCGCAACACAUUGUAGCGGCCGGAAAUCAUGGGGAACCUUGGAAUCUGAUAAAUGAAAACAUGUUUCAGGAAAGUGAUGGAAACAAUGAUCAUCCUCCCUCAGGAGUGUCGGCCUCUGGAGGAGGGAAAUAUGGUCAAUAG